CAAAAAACAGCAGCAAAGCAAAUUAAAGUACUUGUAUUUAAUGGAAGAAAAUAGUUUGAUCUAUGGAUUGGAGUUGCAAGCUCGUGCACUUACACCUCAAUAUGGAGAAAGCAAUGAUGUAUGCUUUUUUAUAGCCACAAAUUCGUUGAAGCCAACAAAUCAAGUACAUUUACUGCAGUAUGAUGAAGAAAGUGGCACUACGCAGGCCAAGAUAUUUGAGCAUGCCAUGGGUGAGGUUUGGAAACUUAACAGUUGCCCAUACGAUCCGAAAUUGCUGGCUACAGUUUAUAACGUUCAAAAGGGUGUCCAGGUUCAAUCCCAAGCCGCACUCUUAACAUUACCAACUGACAGCUUGGAUCUGAGUUCUCAGCAAAUAAAAAGUGAAUAUAUACCUUGGGACCAUGUAGAGGUAUUAGACACAAGUAAUUUAGGUGAACAAUGUUUUAAGACCGUCGAGUUCCAUCCAAGCCAGGAACAGACUCUAGCAUGCGUUUUAUCGAACAAAUUGGCCAUCAUGCAGCGAGCGGAAUCGUCUACUCGUGUUGUGGCAGAGACUUCAGGCGCUGUAAAGCACAUGUCUUCAUUUACAAGUGGUAAAUGGUCACAUCACCAUCAGGGCCACCAAUUUAUUGUUUUGCACGACACAAGCGUUCGAGCUUACGAUAUUCGCGAUUCCCAACACUGCGCUUGGAGCAUUGAUGAUGCGCAUGGACAGAUGGUUCGAGACUUGGACUGUAAUCCAAAUAAGCAGUGUCAUUUCGUAACUGGUGGGGACGACGGGUAUCUUAAAGUGUGGGAUUGCCGCACGGUUAAGUCACCGGUCUUUGAACGUUCGGACCAUUCGCAUUGGGUCUGGUCAGUUCGUUUUAAUACAUUUCAUGAUCAACUCCUUUUAUCCAGUUCAAGUGAUUGUAAAGUUCUUCUUACCUGUGCGGGUUCAGUUAGCUCCGAGACGUCUUCUGCUCAAGAGCCAGAAGAUAAAUCAGUGGACAUUUUACAGGAACGUCACAAAGUUUUGUCGGAUGGACUUCUGCAAACUUUUGAUCAACAUGAAGAUUCUGUAUAUUGUGCUGAGUGGAGCAAUGUUGAUCCCUGGAUCUUUGCUUCAUUAAGCUACGACGGACGCGUUAUAAUCUCAAAAGUACCAAAACAGUUUAAAUACCAAAUCAUUCUAUAAUCACAGCAAAUUAAAAACUAAUUGUGAAAUUAAUACA